GGAAUGAAAAGCAAAAGGUAAGCUAGCUGAUUGCGGCAGCAGCCUCAAGAGCCGAAGAAGAAGAAGAAGAGGUGGAGGAGGAAGGAAGAAGAGGAAAAGGCGAGUUUUGUAGUAAAUCAACGCAGGCCACGAGGCCAUUACUGUAAAUUCGGGAGGCAACAUACAUCGCAUUUCGUUUCUGUCGCUACUAACUAGCCAGUUCAGAGUUCAGAUGCUCCUGGAAAGUGACGUCCAAGCGGAGAAGCGAAAUGGUUUCCGAUUACUCUCUCGACCGCUCCCCCAAAUUCUGCAACUCCUUCGCUAACCGCAUUUUUUCAGAUGUGGCUGGAGAUGUUACAGUUAUUGUUGAUGGGGAGUCUUUUCUACUCCACAAGUUUCCCCUUGUUGCUCGAAGUGGGAAGAUACGGAAAAUGGUAGCAGAUUCUAAGAAUUCAAAUAUUUCAAAGCUGGAGCUCCUCAACUUACCUGGUGGUGUCCAGGCAUUUGAGCUUGCUGCAAAGUUCUGUUAUGGAAUGAAUUUUGAGAUCACUGCUUCAAAUGUGGCACAUCUGCGCUGUGCAGCAGAGUUCCUUGAAAUGACUGAAGAUUAUCGUGAAGAAAAUCUUAUAGCACGAACAGAGACAUAUCUGAAUGAGGUGGUUGUUCAAAGUCUUGAAAUGUCGGUUCAAGUCCUAUCUGCAUGUGAAACACUACUUCCUAUGGCAGAGGAAUUGGGAAUUUUAAAUAGAUGUGUAAAUGCAAUUGCUGUGAAUGCUUGUAAGGAGCAGCUGGCUUCAGGCUUAUCCCAUUUAGACUUUGAUGGUGGAUCUGUGGAUUUUAAGGGUGGAUGUCUUGAGUGGUGGGUCGAAGAUCUCUCAGGACUAAGAAUUGAUUUUUAUCAUAGAGUGGUCUCCACUAUGGGAAGAACUGGUGUGAGAUCAGAUAGCAUUAUUGCUUCCUUAAUGCAUUAUGCUCAGGUUUCUUUAAAAGGUAUUGGAAAGCAACAAAUAUGGAACCCAGCAAGAACAAAUUCAGGAGUGAUUGAAUCUGGCCAAAAGGCUAUUGUGGAAACUCUUGUGAGCCUUUUACCAACAGAGAAGAGUUCAUCCAUUCCGCUGAAUUUUCUGUUUGGGAUGUUGAAGAUGGCAAUCAUGGUGGAUGCUACCCUUGCUUGCAGGCUUGAGCUCGAAAGGAGGAUUUCUUUAAGGCUGGAAAUGGUUUCACUUGAUGAUCUUCUUAUACCUUCCUUCCAGGCUGGGGACUCCUUGUUUGAUGUUGAUACUGUGCAUCGAAUAUUAGUUCAUUUCUUGCAACGGAUUGAAGAGGAAGAAAAUAAUAAUUGUGGUUAUGAAUCAGAUGGGUUUGGUUCUCCAAGCCAUGGCUCUAUGUUGAAAGUUGGUCGGCUUGUUGAUGCAUAUCUAGCGGAAAUUGCUUCUGAUCCUUAUAUGAGUUUACAAAAAUUCAUUGCGAUGAUUGAUGUACUGCCUGAUUAUGCUCGUGUGAUUGAUGAUGGGCUAUACAGAGCUGUUGACAUAUAUUUGAAGGCCCAUCCCAUGCUAACUGAGCAGGAGUGCAAGAAGCUCUGCAAGUUCAUAGACUGUCAAAAGCUUUCUCAAGAAGCCUGCAAUCAUGCUGCACAGAAUGACAGGCUCCCGGUCCAGAUGACAGUUCAGGUUCUAUAUUUUGAGCAGAUCCGACUGAAGAAUGCCGUGUCUGGAAGCUUCGGGGAUGGGCAUCUUUCUCAAAAAAUCAGUAGUGGUGUUCCUAGUGCAGCCAUGUCUCCCCGAGAUAAUUAUGCUUCCUUGAGGAGGGAGAACCGGGAACUAAAGCUUGAGAUUUCAAGAAUGCGAGUAAGGCUCAGUGAACUGGAAAAGGAACAGGUGUUCAUGAAACAGGGGAUGAUAGAGAAGUCGGGGAAUGGGAAGACUUUCCUAACUUCAUUGUCCAGGGGGAUUGGAAGAAUCACCAUAUUCAAUGGUCCACGCGGCGGAAAGAAACAAAAAUCUGGUAGGAAAUCUCGAGUACCAGAAGGCAAAACUGGCAGGAGUAGGAGGUAUUCUGUUUCAUAACUGAGGCUUUAACUAUAAUGUUUAGCAGCUCUUAGAUACAUUGCAUUUUUGUUCUAAAUGAAUGGAUGUCUCUUGAAGUCCUGGAAUCUUUACAUGUUUAGGAUAGCAGUUCAAUAAUUUCACCAUUAGCAGCUUUGAAUGGAUUAGGCAACGUUAUUCACACUAUCAGGGUAGAUGGAUUCUUGAUGAAUUUAGCGUCCUAGUAGGAAAAAU